CCGGGUGACACAUCGUGGUCGAAGCUAGCCCCGAUUUCGAGUUUCGUACGUUCAUUCACGAAAGCGACAGUGUUCGAACACCACCACCCCCUCGUGCACAACUGGGGUAAGGGUCGAAGCGUGCUCGAACGUUUUCGUAGGGGGUGAGAGAGGAAAAACGGUGUAACAACGUCAGCAUCGGGGUAGUAUCGCCAGCAGGCGUGUCUCUGGAACGAUCCCUGGAUUUUCUGGCCCUGAAAACGACUCCCCGAGUGACAAGGGGUGGUUGGUCGGGAAGGUUCAUUUUCAGUUAUUCUCGUCGAGGUAGUUUCUCCUCUUCGUUGUUGUUGUUUAUCGAUUGUGAGAGGUUCGACAUGUCGUAAGGUUGAUUCCUCGUGGGAUAUCGUCAACGGUGUCGUGCGAGUGGUGGAUUAUGCGUGAUCGUAGAACAGAGAAAGUGAGGUAAAAGUGUUUUUUCGGGGCAAAAACAGCCCGACGAGCGAGAGGGCUCCGGGAUCCGAGCAACAGGAAAAUACAAGCUCGAUGCCGGAGGCUUCAGGGUCGGGGGUGGCCGACGAGGCGGACUAUUCUACUUUUGAGAAUAAGACCGGCUUGGCCGAGGACAUGAAGUUUUUGGCUAGUAUGCCGGAACUAUGCGAUGUAACGUUCCUCGUCGGUGACACCAGAGAGCCUGUUUGCGCUGUGAAGGCUGUCUUAGCAGCUAGAAGUAGGGUGUUCCACAAAAUGCUUUAUCAAGCACCGAGUCCACAACGCAAAAAGGAUCCACCUCCGAGGGAAAACAAGCUUCGACAGUUUCUGAAAAGAAGCUCGGAACCAUUGUUAAAUCUACAGAACGUUGCGCAACAGCGGUCAGGGUUCACGCAGCAGUUGGCCCCCAUACAAGAGCCCAAUCAGCAUCAUACUUUAAUCAUCGAGGAAUUCGAACCGGAUGUUUUUCGACAAUUGAUCGAGUACAUUCAUACUGGCUGUGUGACGUUACAGCCUAGGACUCUAUUGGGUGUAAUGAAUGCUGCUGAUUAUUAUGGAUUGGAUGAGCUUAGAAGAGCUUGCGCUGGCUUCGUUCAAUGCUGUAUAACAGUGGACACUGUUUGUGCUUUAUUGGCAUCAGCAGAAAGAUAUAUUCAGUACAAAUGUACAAAAUCCUUAGUUCAAAAGGUGUUGGAGUUUGUCGACGAACAUGGCAACGAAGUGUUGAAUUUAGGAUCUUUUACUCUCCUUCCUCAACAUGUAGUUCGUUUAAUCCUGGCAAGAGAAGAAUUACGUGCUGAUGAAUUUACUAAAUUUCAAGCGGCCUUAAUGUGGAGUAAGAAAUUCUGUGACAGCAAUCAGAAUACGGUUUUAAAGGACGUGAUCGGUAAUUUCCUGGAGUACAUACAAUUCCACAAGAUCCCUGCAACCGUGUUAAUGAGGGAGGUGCACCCUUUGGGAUUGGUUCCCUCGGGAAUCAUAGUGACCGCACUGGCCUAUCAGGCAGACCCAAACAGUGUGGACCCCGGAAAACUGUCGCCCCACAGAGUGAGGCACCAGGACCGUAGUCUGUCGGUGCAGUCGUCUUUGCAGGACCCCUAUGGUAGCAACACGUCAUUGAGCUCGACCGGGUCCGACGAGGGCUCCGAUUAUAAGCAGCAUUCAGGUAAAAACGGCACAGCUGACCAGCUGCACUGGCAGAAGGAGAACGAGGAGGAUUCCCAGCAACGAAUCGAGAUCAGGCUAGAAGAGGAACAACAGAGACAACUGGAGGAGCUCAGGAAGCGGCACGAGGACCUGGAGAGAAAGAGAGAGGAGAAAGAACUGAAGAAACGACGGGCAAAGGAAGAAAGAGAGCAACGACAGCAACAGAGGAAACAAGAAGAGGAAGAUUCGAAAAAAGAAAAAGACACGACAGAAGAGGAAAAGAAACGAGAAAAUGAAGAAUCCAAGCAGCAACAGGACGAACAGGAAAUAGCAGAUAGCAAAGAGCAGUUGCAGAAAGAAGAAGAAUCGAAGAGGAAGGAAGAAGAAGAGGAGUCUAUGAAGCAGCAGAAAUUGCAGAAGGAACAAGAAGAGCAGCGAAGAAUUCGUGAGAAGAAGCGACUGCAGUUGCAGUUGGAAGAAUUAAAGGUGCACUGGGCUCUUCAGCAAGAGUUGAUACUGCAACAACAGGAAGAAGUUCUGCAAAGGCAGAUAGAGGAGAGACGUUGCGAGGAACAGUUCGAGUGUCCGCAAUUUCAGCAACUACAGUUGUAUCUGGAGGGUCGGAAACCGGAACCAAAGAAACAGGAACCAAAGGUAGAGAAAUCUGGUUUCUAUAUCAAAUUAGUGGUGAGGCAAGAGGGUCGUCCGAAUCUGGUCUGGCUGUUCAAAACGCACAAAUUCUGAAUCGUUUCUAUUGUAUUCUAAUCUGAUUUACCCUUGUUGAAGUUUCUAAUAGAAUUUGUUAGAGGAGUAAUGUUCGUUCAGUACUUAAAAUCGUCGUGUUUUGAAAUUUUUUAAGUUUCCAUUUGAAAGAAUAGUCUGGGGUCUUGUACAGAUAUCUGUGCAAUGUUUAACGGCGUUCCACGUUGUUGUUAACAAUUAAGAAGUGCUCACACUGUUUUAGAAUAAUUUGAUGGAAGUCAGUGUAACAGGUUGUGCUAAACGUGGUUGUGUUCUCGCGUUAAUUAGAAUCAUUAGGUUGCUUCAGGUUGUAUCAUAAAUAAUGCAGACUUUAUAUCAACAUCAAAUUACUGCUCAAAGUAAUUAAUUAAUAUUCAGAGCUCUAUUAUGAUAGACAUAUUGGACAAUACCUUUUACACGUUUCAUGCUUAGCCUUAUUUUUCUAGAAUCACAGUUUAAUUAUUUUGAGCAGUGUAUCAUUUAAUUUUAACGCGAUUGUUAUCACCGAUAAUUUAAUUAUUUUAUAAAUGAGCCAGUCUUUCACACGAUAACAUCAACGAAAAUACAAUUUUUAUUUUAAUCGAUAGAAGGCACUCAUUUUUCUACUAUCUCUGUACUUAUCAAUUAUUUUACCAAGAAUCAUUAAUUAUUUCUAAUUGGUACGUUAUUUGGGAAAUAUCUUUUAUCGACCAUAAAAAUUACACCUACAUAAUGUGUACGUGUUUUUAGGAAAUUAUUCACAAGUCUGUAAAGUAAUAGAAAAAGAAAAUAUAUUGGAAAGUGUUAGAUGUAUAUCGACGAUGUUAUUGCUGAACACUUUUAUUAUGCACACGCGACAUAUCCAUUGAUUAUAUCAUGAAUUAUGUUAAAGAGAACUGCAAAGACUAACUAUAUACAUAGCUAUAUACAUAUGAAUAUAUAAAAUAUACAUAUAUGCAGUACUGCUUAGAAUUAUUCAAACGACGUAAAAUUUUGUCGAGAAAAAUUAUUUUUAUUUUUACCGAUUGUAACAAAAAAUGCACUAUGCACUGAAUAAUUUUGAGCAGCGCUGUAUGUAGAUAUAUUUGAUACUGUAUUAAAGAAAAACCAGAGUAUAUCACGCACUAUUUGAGAGCCGAAUGAUUUACAAAUGAACCUAUUAAUUUCUUAUUAAUUAUUAAUAAAUUCUUGCAUUUUUGGCAUGGCUCAGAAUAAUUUCUGCAUAUGUUCUUUAUGUUGAUAAAAUUGUCAUUUAAAAAGCUGUCAAUCCUAAAGUAAUUUAAUUAGAGUACCUCUAAUUACUUCAUGGAUGUAAUACUCAACAUUGGUACAAAGCAAAACGACAAAUCCUUGUUUCGUCAUGAUCACAUAAUCAAUAAACACCACAUAAAAUAAUAGAGAAUCUAGAGCAGAGAGAAUCGAUAAACGUCGAUGUAAUUUUCGUUGAUGGUUCUGAAAAAUCUUUGCCGAGUUAGUUGCUACUGAUUCACGAAACAACGCGAUAUUCACGUGUAAGUUGGAAUGGAUGUAUAAAUAAAUAAUGUACUUAUUGUAAAUGAAAUCGUGAAUUGCUGUCUUGUACGAUCGCAAAGAUUCCUCGAAUCGAGCAGACUUCAUCAAAUUCAUAUUAUAUAUCCAAUUAACAUCAUAUUUUGUUUAAUAAUUUUUACAGUUUAAUUGAAAUUUUCAUUCAUUGACUUAAACAAUUUUUAUAAUACCUUCGUUAAAAAAAUUUUGUACUCUUUCUGUGUACACUCUUGUUUAAUAGUUAUUAAACAUUUAUCAUGUAAUUAAUUUUGUGAUAUUCUGCAACUCUUCCAAUUAUUUUUUUUUUCUUUAAAUCUAUAUGAAAUUUUAUUAGAUAUCCUAUGACUAUUAAGUGGGAGUGUACAUUCUCUAGGAUUCAUUUUUUAAAUAUAAUUUAUUUAUGAAAGAAAUACUUGACACCUGACAUUGGUACAAAAUAAUACAAAGGAAUUCUUGCGAUUCUUAUGUGUAUCUGUUGUGUACAGUUGCUUCAGACGAAAACUAGUAGAAAGGAACAAAUCGUCGCCUUAUGAUUGUAAUAGUUGAUCUCUGUGCAAACUUGAAUUCUCAGCAAAAUAGAAAUACAAAUUAAAACCAGGUUCUUUUAAAUAGUUCAUUUACAAGAGACAGUUUGCUGUGUAGAUUUUCUUUAGAAACCUCGAACCUCGCAAACUGUAAUUUCGUUUCAGAGAAAAAUGUUUAGCAUCGAAGAAUCGUGUGACAAAAUGUCAUUGUGAUUGUGAAUUUUUCGCUAAUUUCUCCGUAAUACUAUCAAACGUAGUGUCGUGUAAUUGUUAAAGAAAGAAGAGUCUAGUUAAUGAAAAAACAAUAAAAAAGAAACUGUUGUGUGCUUCGAUUUCUCUGUUCUCCUUUCGUGGACGUAAAUUUUUUAAAAUUUUGUUAAAGUGGAAAUCUUAUAAAUCUUAUGAACUUUACACUGUAAAUGUCUCAAAUUCGUUCUAAUAGAAAACGAAAAUCAUUGUUAUUCGAAAGAAAUAUCACGUUGUUGAUAACUGUCCACGAAAAGGAGAACAAUGGAAGCAAGCAUGAAAUCAUGAAGAUAAAAUCCGUCAUUGUCGGAGAUUGUAUUUUAUUAUCGUCACGUUGUAUGCAGCUGUGUUGCAUAAGUAUCAAGAGUAUAUUUAUGAAUGUGGAAGUACCCACUUAAUCUAUGUAUCGUUGUCUGUCUGUGAGCAUCGUUACUUCUGCUGUUUUGUACGUAAAGUGUGUGUAAUUAAUAAACAAUGAUAUGUCGUUGGGCAGCCUAAUGGCGCUAACUACUCGUUGCAGUGUUAAUACCGAUAUUGCUGAGAGAUUGGAUCGAUUGAAUUGGAAUAAUUAUUCGCAUUUGCAAUUUCGAAUAUUUUAUAGAAAAAAAAAUCCAAUAUAUUGAACAUAGAUUAAAAAAUGUUCAAAUGGCCCAAAUGUGAAAACCUUUCCCUAAUUAAAGAAAAGAAAUAUAAUGAUUUUUUUAAUCAACGAAGAAAAUAAUUCUUUCAAAUAGAAUUUAUUGUACAAUAAUUGAAUAUUUCGAUGUGAUUGGUAUGUUUCUCAGCGAUCGGUACAAUUCUAUCUAAAGUUCGAUCUCUAUCAUGUUGUGAUAUUCUGUAGCCAAAUGAGUUGAAAUAAAGAGAGAAGAAGCGCGAUGGCUAGGAUAAACGAA